AUGUUGGUACCACCGCCCAACUAUGGAAUGGUCGAGGAGAACUUUUAUCGUUCUGGUCAGCCGGAUCAGCUCAACUUCCCCUUCCUCGAAAAGCUCGGCCUGAAGAGCGUCAUCUGGUUGGCACCCGAACAGCCUGAACCUGGUUUUCUGGACUUCUGUAUCGAUCAGAAGAUCGAGCUCCACCAUCUUGGUGUCCUCUACUCGACCAACGCUUGGGAUCCUAUCACAGAAGAGGUGGUGCUGCAAGCAUUGCAUCUCCUUGUCCAGCCAGCAACAUACCCUGUGCUUGUCAUGUGUAACCUAGGACGUCAUCGAACAGGUACCGUGGUGGGAUGCUUUCGCAAGCUGCAGCGAUGGAAUCUCAGUGCCAUCCUUGAAGAGUACCGUCGCUUUGUUGGUGGACAAAAGUACCGCAUCCUCAACGAACAGUUUAUCGAGCUCUUUGAUGAAGAGCUUGUCUUCGGCGCCAGCUACUGA